AUGCCAAACAACAAUCAAAAUGAAAAUUUUUCCGAAUUAGAAGUGGAAGAAAUCUUAGACCAGUUGGUGAAAAGACUUUCCCAAGAGGUUGUUCAAAAACAAAGAAUUGAAGAGUUAGAGAAGCAAAUUGCCAACGAAAGAGGAGGAAGGACCGGUGGAGGAGGUGUCGGAGCAUUAAUAGGAGGAGCAAUUGGCUCUUUUUUCUUCCCCGGAGCAGGAACAGCAGUGGGUGCAAAAGUAGGAGCGAUAAUAGGAGGGGCCGUUGUUGGUACGAUCGGCGGUGGCGUAGCAGUAGGAAUAUCGGCCAAUGAAGAAUUGAAAAAAAGCCAGCGUAAAACUAACCUGAUUAAUGCUAAAAUGCUAAUCGAGAAGAAAUUACGGGAAAAUGGAGUUAGUGAAAGCGAACUUGAAACCCCGCGAGGAAAAAUAAAAGAAAAAAAUA